AUGUACACAGUGGAAAAGCACAAGUCACGUGCGCCGGUCAGUCUGCUUUUCACCGAAUUGUCGGCGCCCGCUUUGCAUGCCCGCUCGGAAUCACUAGAACUGCGGUUCCAUACGGCGUCUUCGGCCGCUGACUUGAGCCAUUUGGUGGCGGACAUCGACACAGAAACAGCCCAGACCGAUGCACAGCUAAGACACUUUAUCGAGGCGGCAGCCCGCAAACACACGCAGCAGAUCUCUGCGGUCGAAUUGACGCGAGCGAAGCUCUCGGGCGCCAUCACUAAUCUGAACGACUUGACGCGGGUGUUCUCCGCAGCCAACGACUUGGGCCAUCUGCUCACUUCGAAGAUCAAGGCGUUGGACCUGGAAAUCGCCAAUGUGGACAACACCCUUGCGUUUGUGGCCGACACGCAGGCCCUCAAGAACAACAUUGGCCAGAUCCAGUAUGCGAUCGAAAAGCGCAACUGGGCCGAGGCCGCGCUGUGCAUCCACACGAUCAAACACAGGCUUCUUCCCGGCUUGGUGGGCGGCAGGUUUGCGUCGGCAGUCGUGCCGUCUUCAAACAUCCCCGAGCUCCCGGGCGUCACCAUAGAUACGUGGGUAGCACAACUUACAGACACGUUUGUGGCGCUCUUCAACGAUGCCGCCAAGCGCCGGUCCGUGGCGGAGAUCUCGGCGCAUUUCCAGCUCUUCCCGCUCAUCGACCAGCCGGAAGUCGGCCUCAACUGCUACUCCAAGUUCAUCUGUUCGGUCAUCAGCGACACGUCGCGCACGCUCAUCAACUCGGCCACGCUGGGCGAGAUAAAGCCCGGGAUUUUCGCCAGUGCCACUGCCAGCUUGUUCGAGAGCGUCUCCACCAUGUUGUCCCAGCACACGCCCUUGAUCACCAAGCACUACGGGGAGGCAUAUCCGCAGGCCAUUGUCUAUGUCGUGGCAAAGAUCCAGCGCGAGAUCGACUCGCAAAUCGGCGCCAUUGCCGACACUUUCUACGACGUCAACCGCGUGGAAAAGACGCUCCAAGAUAUCAAGCUUCACAAGUUCAACGCGCUCAAGAAGCGACUCGCAGACUUCCAGCUGGAAAAUGCCCACAACGCAAACGUCAUGGAUACCGACAUCACCUCCAUUGUGGAGGUCGGCGACUUGGCCAACGAGCUUGCCGCCAUCUUGCACCACUGGUCGCUUUACUGUAAGUUCAUCACCGUCAAGUAUUUCCAGAGCCUGCCGUCUGCAAUGGCAGAGCCUGCCAAGCCCAGAACCGAAGGGUUGAAGCUCCCGGAGUUGCUUGCCUCCUCAAACUUCGAGACCAAAAUCCAUAACAAGCUUCUUCCCGCGUUCGAGAGACUAUGUGCGUACUACUUCCGCCGCUCUCUUGAAAAGGCAGUUUCCAUCGAGGAGCUCCCACCGUUGGAGCCAUUUUUGGCUGCGUCGCACGAGUGCGUGUCGCCCGAACAGCCGCCGAUUUCUUCGGUGAUCGAGGAUGUGACCUUGGUUUUCAAUAGCACCUUGAGAAACGUGUUGGACUCAGCCCAGACUUCCACCGUGCGCCAAUUUGCUUCCGAGACGCUUAAAGUGAUGCAGAACGACCUCAUCAAUGGCAUUCUACAGAAGGCUCUAGUGGACAAUCAACCGCGGUACAACAACACGCUCUAUAUGAUCGAGGAAGACGCCGCCACAAGUAAUACAGCCACACCUUCCGCGACAAGAUCAGGCACCCCGGCACCAGAACCAAUGGGCGGUUUUUUCAAAGGCGCCUCCAGUGCAUUUGGGAAUGUCGUGGGUACAGGCUCGGCUAUAGUCUCGGCAGCAAACCCAGUUGCGGCAGGAAACAGCUCAAAACUCAUGAGCUUCGUCAUAUACCUCAAUACUGUUGCUACAGGCCAGGAGUUUUUUCAACAAAUCAUCCUGAACUUCACGACCAACAACCCAAAUUACCUCAAGUCGAACUACCCAUUCGGCCAUGACGAAGAAAUCAUUAAUCAUAUCAUCAAGACCGAGUUGCUUGAGCCGUUUACAGCUGCCACGGGACAGGUGGUCAAGCAGUCACUUCUUAUGAUUUUGAAUCAGUCGAUCAAAAACAGACUCGUGCUGAUGAUAAAUGAGUGUUUCCCAGACGCAACCGAGGACAAUUUAAUAUUACACUCACUGGCGACCCUUAACGAUCCAGCUACAAUCUCAAAGUUCAAACAAGAUUGGGACUUCCUCAUCAAGCCCUACAAGCAAACAUUACACAAAACACUUUAUGACAAACUCCUCCGCCUUAUCGUGGUGAAUAUAGCUAACAUGAUGGAAAAGAGAUUGAUAGCGGUUUUGAAAAAGUUUAAAAUCAACGAGUUGGGUGCCCUCAAGCUCGACAAAGAUCUUUCGUACAUCAUCAAUGAGAUUUGCGAGGAUGACUAUGAUUUGAGGGAAAAGUUUGUGAGAUUGACACAGUUGGUUUUGCUUGUGGGAAUGGAUGACCAAGAAUACGAAUUGAGCUCGUACAAUGGCGAAGAAGAUGACAGUGGAAUAAAUUGGGUGUUGACUCCCCUCGAGCGUAAGCAGAUUCGCAGAUUCAGGUUUUGA